AUCAACGUCCUCCGCUCUUCUUCUGCCCUAAAAUUGACCAUCUUAUUAAAGCCUCCGCCUUCGACUUCCGCCUUCGACCUCAGCCGUCUCUAUUCAAGCCUCCGCCUUUGAACUCCGCCCUCCGCCGUCUCCAAGCCACCGCCUUCGACUUCAGUCGUCUCCAAGGCUCUGCUUUCGACCGACUUCAAGCCUCCGCCUUCAAGCUCGACCGACCAUCAACAGCGACCUCCGAAAAUUCUCCUCCUCGGUUUCUUCUAACACUAAGACCCUCAUCAAGUGAAGAGAUAAAUCCUAAUGGGUAAACAACUUGCAAAGAAAAGAGCAGUAAAGAGGUCCAACCCCCUGGCCCAGGUUGAAGACACAAAGAAGAGAUUGAGGAAGAAGAGCAAUGAUUUAGAAAUUCAGACUGCACUCCCAAGUUCUGCAGGUAGCCUUUCUUCAGACGAAGAGGAUGUGCACAAUGAACAAGUAGCAUUUGACUGCUUGUUAAACCAGUUGGGAUCACGUAGUGACAAGAUGACUAGCUUGUAUAAGAGGAGACGAAGGGAGCAAAAAGGCUUGGAGGAAGAUGAAGAAGAUGAAGAAGAUGGUGAUGAAUAUUCUAUGUUUGACGGGGAAAAUGGUGGUGAGGAAGGCUCGGACAGUGAACCUAUGGAUGAUUCUGAAGGUGAAUAUCUCAGACGAUGCGGGCAUUCUCAAAUUAUGAAGCAGAGAGAGGAACAUGAAACUGGAGACAAAGAUGCUGCCUCUAGCGGGGAUGAUACAAAUGGUUCUGAAAAUGAUAGCCAUACAAAUGUUGAUGAAAUAGCUAGCAUAUGCUCUUUCCAUCGUCACCUGGAGGACAUUCUAACAGAUGAACAUGCUGAUGAGUUGACAAAAUCUAUAUGGAAAUAUAAGUGGGAAAUGCCUGCAACUGGCAGAUCAAUGUCGAAGUGGAUGGGAACAGGCGAACGCUUGUCAAUGGAAGUUAGCAGUGACUCGGUGUAUGGGGUCAAGCAAAAACUCUACAAGCAUUGGCUAGACAUCUUCAAGGCAUCUGCUUUUGCUGAUUUAGAUCCUCAGUUGAGAUUCUUCUUUUCACUUUGCCAUAGCUAUCGUGAUAUAAUGCAUUGUAACAAGAAGCCAUUUUAUCUUAAAGGUGAGGAGGAUUCAGUUAUCAUGGACGCGUACCUUAUGCAUGCUUUAGAUCAUGUUUUUAAGACAAGGGAUCUUGUGAGCAAGAAUAAUGCAAAAAUUAGCACAGAUCCAGAUGGUAAAAUGGAGGAGAUUCUUAGUGCAAGCAAUUUCCUUGAUCAUGGUUUUACACGUCCCAAGGUGAUGUUUUUGCUGCCACUUGGAAGCAUCGCAUUACAUGUUGUCAAAAGGCUAAUUCAACUUAUUCCAACAUCAAAUAAAACCAAUAUAGAGCACAUGGAUCGCUUUUUGAAGGAGUUUGGAACUGAUGACACUGAAGAAGAAGACAAGGAUUCAAAAACUAAAAAACCUGUGAAGCCUAAAGACUUUCAACGUCUGUUUGGUGGAAACAACAAUGAUCACUUUAUGAUAGGCAUAAAGAUAACGAAGAGAAGCAUAAAAUUCUACCAUGAUUUUUAUUCAUCAGAUAUCAUUAUAGCAUCACCUCUUGGAUUGAUCGCUAAAAUUGGAGAAGCAGAGGCAGAAAAGGCAAAGGAUGUUGAUUAUCUAUCGUCAAUAGAGCUUUUGAUCAUUGAUCAUGCAGACGUGAUAGCAAUGCAGAAUUGGUCCCAUUUGAAUACUGUAGUUGAGCAACUGAAUCAUAUGCCUUCUAAACAACAUCAAACUGAUGUCAUGCGCAUUAGGCAGUGGUAUCUAAAUGGGCAUGCACGCUUUUAUCGACAAACAAUAUUGUUAGGUGCUUUUCUUAACCCAGAUAUGAAUGCACUUUUCAAUCGGUCCUGUAUGAAUUAUGAGGGGAAGGUUAAAUUGCUGAGCGAGUAUAAAGGUGUCCUUCCUAAAGUGCUACCUCAAGUGAAGCAGGUGUAUCAGCGUUUUGAUGCUUCUUCAAUUGUUGAUGUUGAUGAUGCACGCCUUGAUUACUUUUCUAAUAAGGUGUUUCCUAAAAUAAAGGAUUCAGUGGAGGGAGGCAUCAUGUUAUUUGUCAGUUCCUAUUUUGAAUACGUGAGAGUGCGGAAUUUCUUAACAUCUCAGAAUGCUUCCUUCUGCUUAUUUGGAGAUUAUGCAGAGCCACGUGAUAUAUCUCGUGCACGUGUGUGGUUUUUUGAGGGCAAGCGGAAGAUCAUGCUUUACACCGAAAGAGCUCAUUUUUAUCGCAGAUACAAGAUUCGUGGAAUAAAGAAUUUAUUUAUCUACUCUCUACCUGAAAGAAAAGAAUUCUACCCUGAGAUAAUUAAUAUGCUAGAAGGAUCAAACAACUUGAUGUGCAAUGUGCUCUUUUCACGCUUUGAUCAUCUUCGGCUGGAGAGAGUCGUUGGGACUGGAGCUGCCAAGAGGAUGGUGUCCUCUGAUAAGAAGAUCUUUGUUUUUGCCUGAGUAUACAAAUGCAUUUUAGUUCAAAGGUGGGAGUUUCUGCAAGAUGAGGGCAUCACGUUUAGCGUUCUAAUUAUGUUUUUUAUUUUCAUUUCUUUCCCAGAUGUGGGGAAAUAUGUUGUCCCCACCUAAUUAUUUCUUUUUUAAUUGUGGGUAAUUGCCCUUGUUGGUUGUGUAACAACAGAUUUUCAUGACUUCGGAUAGUGCUAAA